GAAUUUCGCCGGGAAACUUAAGCUCCGCCACCGCCGUGGUCAUUCGAACUCAUCUCUGCCGCCGCCGUUCUCACUUGGGGUACAUUAUGCUUCCACUGGCUCCUCCUCAUCCUUGCCUUUUUUUUGUUCAAUUGCUCUAUUCCCCCUCAUUUCAGUCUCUCAAUUUACAUGAAUUGUGUUUGAAUUAUCUAAUUAUUGCUCUCUUGCUCUGUCCUCUCCUCUCUUCUCUCCCGCUGAAACUGUAAAUUAAUUAACCCUAAUUUUCAAUGUCGAAUUUUGGCUUAAAAGAACCUUAAAAAUGCUUUAAAUUUAUCUCUGAUUGUAUCCUACAAAUUUGGUGUUGGUUCAGGCUCGAGACUAAGAAACCUGAAAUUUUUGUUCAUGGGUUUUGCUUAGGUUUUAAACUAAAUUUAAGAUUUCACUGUAAUUCGUUCCUUGGUGUAACACGUUGUAUUUGGGUUUGUAGAUUCAAGAUUUGCUUGUCAACUUUUUGAACAUUGUGGUGAGUUUUGACACUGAUUUUGGUGGAAUUCGGGUUGUUUAUCGCUCUGGCGUUGGUGAGGCUCGUGGUGUCGAGCUUCGUAAUGUUAUGGAAGCCAUGGAUGUGCUAGGAAUACUUGAUUAUGGGCUUGCAAGGACCGCUGACUUAUUCAUCAAGCAUGUCAUUGCUCCUGCAGUGAAAUUUAACUCCCCUGUUUCGUUUCUGGAAGAAUCUAGUGGUAGCUUGGUCGAGAGCAGUGACAAAAUCUUGAAGAUAGUCUCAAGUCUAGAGCCGAAGACAGAUGACAUUGAUAGCGAUGCUCUAUUCUCAAGAAUGACGAUAGUUGUUAAGUUUAUCCACCAGUAUAUAUGUCUUGAAAAUGGUCCUUGGAUGCGUUGUUUCGGAAGGUUGCGUGGCCAAGAAUGUCUGAGCUUAUUAUUUCUAACUUCCUCUCAAAGGAGAUUAUGUUCAUUUCCAAAUCUGAUAAGAAUGAUGAAAGAUUAAGCAACUUUGCUGAUAACGUGGAGGUACACUUUGUUGUGAGGAAAAAGAGAGAAAUGCUGGCAAAUGCUAGACAGUUGAUUCUACGAUGUGACUUUACUGUUCCAGAAGUCAACUCUCAUUCAACCUGUCUUAUAUCUUUGUGCUCAUCUGCUGGAAUUACGUACUAACAAUUAGCUCUCAGGAGUUUAGCAGCAAAGGACCUAAGUUCGGAAAUAACAGAUACACUGAUUGUGCUGUCAAUUUGCUAUUUUCGUCAGAGAAGUGUAUAGUGUCCCUUGCUGCUUGUCAGUUGAUGAAGUUGGUGCAUCAAACACUUCAAGUUUGCAUUUCAAUGAGUGGAGAUCCUUUCACCGAUGAGCAAAUUGAUGAAAUACGAGACAAAUGGGCAUCAUACUUCACCGAACAUUGUGUGUAAUUAACGCUUCAUUGAUCUCUUCUUGUGGAUGUUUCGUGCUACUAAAAUCAUAUAUAAUUGCCUUAUUAUAUUUUUGGUGCAAUUUUGUAACGUACGAAGUGUAAAAGAUAUAGUUAUUAUAGAUUUGAAACUAUUUAGGUGGUUUAUUUUUUUAAACAUAUAUAUGAUGGUUAACUUAUAUGUAAAAAUCAAUGUUUCGGAAAGUUAUUGGUGGUUGAUGACACUUUUGAACGUUGUAUAAAU